CUGUCACAGCCCAGCUGGGAGCCGCAGCGGCGCUUGAGCUGGUGCAGCCGAGCUCGGGGAGGGGAGCAGCAGCAGCAGCGGCAGCGGCAGCCCGAGGCGCGGCCAUGGCUGGGGCGGCGGGAUGCGCCCGCGUUGCGCGCCGACUCCUGGCGCUCCUCGUCUUGCUCGCCUCCGCCAGCCGCCCCGGAGCGGCAGCCGACAGCCAGGUGAUGGGAGCCGCCCUUGGUCCUCCGCUCGGGGACCCCCAAGUGGCCAUGUUCUGUGGGAAGCUGGUGUUGCAUCUCAACGUACAAACAGGCCGUUGGGAGCCGGAUGCCUUUGGCACGCACACCUGCUUCCACACCACCGAAGAGAUCCGCAGCUACUGCCAGGAGGUGUACCCCGAGUUGCAGAUUACCAAUGCCAUUGAGGGCACCCAGCCAGUCACGAUCGACAACUGGUGCAAGAAAGGGCGACCCAAGUGCAGAAACCAUCGGCACAUUGUGGUGCCCUAUAGGUGUCUGGUGGGUGAAUUUGUGAGCGAGGCACUCCUUGUGCCCGACAAAUGCAUGUUCCUGCAUCAGGAGAAGAUGGACUCGUGCGAGAGCUACUUGUACUGGCACAGUGUAGCCAAAGAGGCCUGCAGUGGUGAGGAUCUGGAACUUCACAGCUACGGCAUGCUGCUGCCCUGCGGGGCCGACCGCUUCCGAGGCGUUGAAUACGUGUGUUGCCCCUCGCGCCCCCAACCCGUCAGGGUAGAACAAGCCACUGAGGCCCCACCGAGCCUUGCCCAUAUGAGGGCAGAAGCACUAUACAGCAACAAGGUUCCGACAGCUCGCAUCCCAACAGAAGAAGAGAGCCUAGAGUUGGAAGAAGACCGAGACCGGGAUGAAGAGGAAGAAGAGGUGGAGGAGGAGGAGGAGGAAGAGGAAGAGGAGGAAGAGAGCCCCGCAGACAAUGCCUCAGACACAGACCCCUUCCCUAAUGCCUGGGAUGACUACUUCGUGGAGCCGGGGUACUAUGAUGACAGCAUCACCCAGACAACGAUCACCACCACUACGCAGACCACCGAAGAGGAUGUCAAAGUGACGCCAACCCCUCGUCCGACUGACGGAGUGGACGUUUACUUUGAAAUGCCUGGAGAUGGGAGUGAACACGCCAACUUCCUGCGGGCCAAGAUGGAUCUGGAGGAACGUCGCAUGAGACAGAUCAACGAGGUGAUGAAGGAGUGGGCUGAGGCUGACAACCAAGCCAAGAAUUUGCCCAAGACUGAUCGGCAGGCACUCAACGAGCAUUUCCAGUCCAUCCUUCAGACGUUGGAAGAACAGGUGGCUAAGGAGCGGCAGCGGCUCGUGGAGACUCACCUGGCCCGAGUGGUGGCCUUACUCAACGAUAACCGACGUGCGGCUCUCGAGAGCUACCUGACUGCUGUGCAGAGCGAUAACCCUCAGCCGGACCGCGUCCUGGCAGCCCUGAAGAGGUACGUGCGGGCAGAGCAGAAGGACCAACGCCACACCCUCCGUCAUUACCAGCACGUGGCUGCCGCUGAUCCCGAGAAGGCUGAGCAAAUGAAGUUUCAGGUGUACACUCACCUUCACGUCAUUGAAGAACGGAUGAACCAGAGUUUGGCCUUGCUCUACAAGAACCCCCAGCUGGCUCAGGAGCUCCGUGGAGACAUCGAGGAGCUGCUGCGGUCAGAGCGGGUGGCGACCAACGACCUGCUCACCACUUCCAUCUCAGAGACGCGCACCACAGAAGAAUUCCUCCCUAUGGACAGUAGUGAGGACAUGGCGGCUGAAAGUCAUUCGUACCCACGUGACGGAGAAGCUUCCGGACUGGCAGAAUACGACUACCCAACCAGCGACAAAGCCUUGCUCUAUGAGUAUGAGAGGAAGGUUAAUGUGUCUGCCUCGGACCUCAAAGGCCUGGUGUACAAAUCCCAAGAGAUCCAACGAGACGAGUUGGUAAGUGGCUCCGGAGCCAGCCCGAAACUGCUUCACCUCACCUUCCCACCUGGCCAGGAACCAGACACCUUGGUGACCAUCAACAGGGGUGCCCUGAUUGGCCUUCUUGUAGUAGCUGUGGCUGUUGCCAUGGUGAUCAUCGUCAGUCUCCUGAUGGUCCGCCGGAAGCCCUACGGGACCAUCAGCCACGGCAUUGUUGAGGUGGAUCCUAUGGUUAGUCCCGAGGAGCGGCAGCUGAACAAAAUGCAGAACCACGGCUACGAGAACCCCACCUACAAAUUCUUUGAGGAGAUGAACUGAGUUCUCGGUGCUAAGGGGGAUGGGGUGGGGAAUGUGGUGUCACUGGGGAGGUGGGCAUUGCCAUGGGGAUGGGAGGGGGUGGUAUCUACAGGGAGAGAGGGGAAGGGUAGUUUCUGCAAGCACUUGCCCACUGAGUUCCUCUCCUUCUGCCCUGGCUGAGCCUUGUCCCGUUGCCCUGGCAAAUUCCUUUUCUUCCUCUGGUUGCCAUAUUCCUCUCUACACACCUUUCUGGGCUUAUGGCUUCCAUCACUAGGCUCACCCCUCCUCCAUCUCUGUCCUCCACUCUCAAUUCUUCACAAUUUCUUAAGGUCUCCAACCCCUCCCUCUCCCAAUACCGCUGGUCUCAGGUGCUGUCUCUAGGUGUCUUGGCUCAUCCGGCUACCUUUGCAAAGUGAAGUACCCAAGCCACUUGUUAAAUCCAUAGUAUCUUCAUGCAAAAAUGGGGGCACCGAGGAUCACACCUGCACCCUAACAACUCGUGUGCACAUGACUAGCCAGUAGUCAGUUGCUUGGGGCUGUCACGCAAGCAUCCUCUUAACCUUUCACAGGACUGACCCGUAGCUUUGACAUUUAAAGCCCAUCACCUCUGAAUUAGCCGUGUGCACUAACACCGUGUUCCACCAAGCCACCGCCUUUUCCCUGCCUAUUCUUUCCACCUUGCUCAUUUGUAACUCCAUAUUUUUGUAGCUUGUGUGCAAGAUGAGAGCACCAUGCACACUCAAAAUUACCCUAUUGCUAACCUCACCAGCCUCUCACAUAAGAAUCCUUGUCUGCCUACAUUUGCUUGCCUCUCUCUUCUCCCCCCUUCCCUCCCACCUUGUAUUAUGCUUCCUUUUUCAACUCCUCACUAGUUGCACUUAAUUUAUUGGAAAGCCAGCUGUGAGGCUGACCACAGCAGGUGAGCCCCUCCACUUCCCUUGUUCUGGAUAACUUCCAUCAGCACCUUUACUGACUAGUUCAGAGAGAGGAGGGGAGAAGAUUUAAGCUCUCCUCCCCUUCACUUCCUCUCCUUAAUGAUAUAAGGGAGACAGGUAACGUUGCUGAAAAUAGAGGGCUGGUCUUUGUCCAUCCUGGGAGAGGCAAAAGGUCCAUUAUCAGGCGAGACCAAUUUUGCCCUCUGCAAGUGGGUCAUUUUCCUGAUGGUGGCACCUCGCCAGUCACAGCACUGUUCCGCUGUAUGACUUAUUGUCGCCUUCCAAAGAUCUCUGGGAACGAGCCAUCUCGGCACCUUGGAAUAGGAGAGGACAGUGGACCACUGGGGUUGCAUUAAUCUGUAAUGGUGUCCACCCACCAAACUCUAGCUUUUAUCCACUGCUGGAGGGUGGGAGAUGCUUGUGGUUUUACUGGUUUUUUCAGGGUUGCCAUUGAGUGGCCUAUUAAGGAAAUAGACUACAUUGGUUGACCUACACUAAUGGAACUUAGGGAGUAGAUUUAGAACUCUAGCCAGGGGGCUGAUUUUUGUUUCUGUUCAUUUCCCAAGACCUUAAUCCCCCUGGACUGCAAGUGGGGGUGUUCUACACAUGAUAGGCUGCAAGUACAGGUGUGCACUCCGCCCCCCCCAAAAAUUCAUUAAAUCUGAUUUUUUUUUAACCGAAUCUGAGGGGGGGAAAUGGAAUUCCCCAAAUUCUUUAUUGAUUCUCUAAUUCGGUUCGGGUAUUUCUGAAGAAUUCAGCCAUUGUUUUCUAUGGGAAAAUCACUCUGGGAGAUGUCCGGGGGGAUGGAAGGGUCAUUUUUCAACCAGACUUCACCAAAUUUGAAGGAAACUUACUCCUUACUGCCCUCUAAAGAUCCCCCAAGUUUCAGAAGAUUGGUCUCCAGAGGCCAAUUUUAUGGGCCGCCAAAGAAGGUGCCCCCACCCACUCUGUAUUCUUCCCUAUGGGGGGAAAUAUCUGGGAGCAAUCUGGGGGAACUGGAGGUGGCAUUUUUCCUGAAAACUCCACCAAAUUUUCAGGGAACCUAUUCCUGACUGUCCUGUAAUGAUCUCCCAAAUUUCAGGAAGAUUUUACCCUGGGGACUAAUUGUAUGAGCCCCUGAACAAGGUGCCCCCAGCCACUCCAUUGUUUCCUAUGGGAAAAAAGUCAAAGCUGACGCCUAUUGCAGAAACACACUGGGGCAAGGCUGCCAUGGCCAAGGCACUCUCCCAAAUACAAGCUGAGCUCAUCCCAGAGAAAGCCCAACAGAAACAAAUUGAAGCACAGGAAUGAAUCCCCCCCCCAAAUCAAAGUGAAGCAAGGGGACCAACAUCAUGCCAGAGAAUCAUAUCCAUUCCGCCCCAACCAAACUGAAGCAAGGGACACUGUUGUAACAUAGCCCAACAGAAACAAACUGAAGCAAGGGAAAGCCUUGUGCUUAUGGUUGGGUACUGCUUGAUUCUGUUCUGUGAUGUUUCCCCACUGUUAGAGAACAGCCAGGAGUAGAUUCCCACCAAAUUUGGUGACGUUUGGUUGGAAAAUGACCCCUCCAGCCCACUGGACAGCUCCGAACAUGAUUUUCCUAUAGAGAACAAUGGUCAAAUUUUACCAAUAUUUUUUUUUGAAAAUUCGGUAAAAAUUUGAGAUACCUGGUUUUUGAUUUGGAAUACCUGGAUUUUACUGAAUCAGCCAAAAUUUAGUAUUUUAAUCUGAAUUCCGAACCGAACUGCACACCUCUAGCUGGCAGUACUCAACCCAGCUAUGGGGCUCUUGUGCUUCUAACAGCUGCCCAGCAAUAGGAAGGUUUUCACACAUGCUGGAUUCUUCUCAUCAUGGCUGCAAUAGGAGACCAGGCACAUGGAGACGCUUCUCCUGCCUUGUAACCCAGGAGAAACAGGAAGCUGUCAGUGGAAGCUGGCAGUCCUUGCACACACAUCAAAAGUGCAAGCAAGUGGACAAGCCAUCUGCCACCUCCCCAGUUCCUUGCCAGACUUGGAUUCGGGAAGGAAGAAUGUAAAGUUUUGUCCCCCAGAACCAGGGCUUUUUUUCAGCUGGAACACGGUGGAACGGAGUUCCGGAACCUCUUGAAAAUGGUCACAUGGCUGGAGGC